CUAGUCAGCUAACACGAUAGCUAAGUUAGCUAUUCCCUGAACAGCUUUUGUGAAAAAUAUGCGAGGAGUAACAGUGGAAGUGCUCGCCUGUCUUGUAAAAACAACCUGAUAAUCGCAUGCCUCCAUAGCCUCAAGGAUGUUCCUGGUAGGGCUGACGGGAGGAAUAGCCUCAGGAAAAAGUACGGUGUCCUCUGCGCUUCGAGAGCUGGGCUGCCCUGUCAUCGAUGCUGAUGUGGUGGCCAGACAAGUGGUAGAGCCCAAUAGCCCAGCCUAUUGCCGGAUAGUGCAGCAUUUUGGCCCGGAGAUCCUUUUGGAAAAUGGGGAGAUCGACCGGCAGAAGCUGGGCCAGAUAGUCUUCUCCAGCACAGAGAAGCGCAAGGUGCUCAACUCCAUCACUCACCCUGAGAUCCACAAGGCAAUGCUCAAGCAGAUCCUCUUCUACUUUCUCAGAGGGUACCGCUAUGUGGUCCUGGAUGUACCUCUCCUUUUUGAGACACGCCGCCUCACGCGGUUCCUCAAGCACACAGUGGUGGUGUACUGUGACCCUGCCACACAGCUGUCACGUCUGAUGCAGAGGGAUGGACUAAACCAGGAACAGGCUGAGCAACGCAUCGCAGCCCAGAUGCCCCUCAAUGAAAAGCGUGGACUGGCCAAUCACGUCAUAGAAAAUUCAGGCAGCCGUGAGGACACCCAGAGGCAGGUUCUCAGACUGCAUACUAAGCUGGAGGACUCCAUGGAAUUUUUGCUAGUAAGGGCCAUUGCAAUCGCCACAGUAACUGGUCUAGGAGGCCUUCUUCUCUACACUGUGAAACUUCUGGUCUUGUAGCACUUGUUGUAUGAUUGUAUUGGGCCAGCUGUCAUCAAAAGUAACUAUAUUCCAUAGCAAUGCUGUCAAUGGGUACUCAUUGCACAUCAGAAUGCACCUGCUUGAAAAUAUUUUCAAGUUAUGAAUGGAUUUAUCUUAUUUGUUUUUGGUGCAAUUCUGUGAACACUUGUGAACACUUUUUAAUUAAGGGCCUAACACUGUUUAAAUGUGAAUGUAAUUUGCCUUUUUCUGAUAUUUGAAAAAUAUGUA